AUGGAGCUUCCAUCAAGUGGCAGUCGCCCCGCCUAUCGCACCUCUUGUACAGAGUGCCAGCGUCGCAAGCAGAAGUGCAAUCGCGAAUGGCCCUGCAACCACUGCCAGAAGCGCAAGGUCGCUGAAAUCUGCCGCUUCUCCAAUCCCCUUGCCUCGGUCUCGGCCACGGCCACCGACAGGACGACGCCCGCUAUCAGCAACAAACGCUCGCGCAGCCUCCACGAUGAUGACGACGACGACGACGAGCAGAACAACGAGUAUGAGAGCGAUGAUGACGCCGACAAUCUGGGGCUCGAGGCCCUGGGAUAUAUGUCAGGCACUCUACUCGAUUCGCUUACCAUGGAGCCAAAGAACAUGAAAAAGGGUUCUGAGAAACUCGACUGGGUGACCGUCAACACCUGCCCCAAGCUGCGUGACGCGCUUGAAAUUCUACCGCAACGACCCCAGAUGGAUGGCCUGUUGCAAAUGUUCUUCAACAAUGUCAACUAUCACUACUACAUCAUAUACCCGCCUCGCUUUCUAGAGGAAUACCAGCAGUGGUGGGACCGGACAACGAAGCAACAGCCUGUCACGCUGCAAUGGACCUGCCUUCUCAUCAUGAUGCUUUCCUGUGCCAUGCAGCACGUGGACGCGGAAAUGAAGGUCAACCUUGAGCAACGACUGGGCGAUUCGGCGGACAGCCUGUCCAAGCGCUACUACGACACGGUCAAGGACCUGGCCGUUGCCAUCACCAGCGGCCGAUAUCACGUCAUCAACGUACAGCGCACCCUCCACAGCAUAUACUGGCACAAGGCCGAGGCCCAAUUCCCCGAGGCAUGGCAUGGCAUCGGCGAAGCAGUCCGCGAGGCCCAAGAGCUGGGCUUCCACAGCGAAUCCGACGAUGGUCUACCCGAGUUUGAGCGCGAGGUGCGGAGACGGCUCUGGUGCAUUCUGUCGACAUGGGACUGGCAAUUCGCGUCGGGUCUCCAGAGACCGACCAUGAUCGAUCACGGCGAUGUCGACGUUGCUUUGCCGACGCUCACCCUCGAGAAUGUGGAUCCCUCGCCUCUGCUGCACAUGAAGCUGCAGGCUCAGGCCAUCACGACGCUCGCUGCUCGGUUCGGUGCCCCCAAGAACGUCAAGACGCACGACGAGAUCCUCGAGUACAAGACCAUCAUUGAGGACUGGCUCGCGGGCUUUCCUGCUGUGUACAGCACCGAGAACCCCGACUUGUCCAGGGACAGCAUUCAUCCCUGGGUCACAUCCCACCGCUUCUACAUUCACACCAUGGCUUACCUGAUGAUCCUCAAUCCGAUCCGCCUCUACAUGGGCAAAUAUUUCGACGAGAACUCGUCGGCCGAGGACCUGCGCAUAAGGGAUAUUGGUGUCUACUAUUCCUUACGCAAUCUGGACACGACUAGGCAGUGGACAGAAUACUCGUCGCAUCGAGACGGCCGCUAUCACUUUAUCAUUUUUUCGCUGUUUGACACAGCGACUGUCCUCGCUGCGGCCAUCAUCAAAGACCGCGCUAAGACGAUUCCUCGGCGCGACGAGAUCCUGGAAGGCAUACAGAAUGCAUACUUGCUGCUGCGCCGCGUAAACAAACUGUCCAAGACGGCGCAGGUAUCGUACGAUAUUCUGUCGCGGGUCGUCAAGCGGCUCCCUCGGCCUCGCCGGUCCAAGAAGGCUCGAGUGCAGCUGACGCCCGGGGAGGAUGCGUCUUCGGCUUCGGCCUCGACGUCGCCCUCCACCUUUGGCAACAGUGGGACGACGGGCUCGUCGCCUCACACAGCCGCCAACACACCCAACAGCGGAGCGCCCUCGAUCGAGAGCCAAAUCAUGCCGCAGCAGCAGAGCUUCGACAUGGAGCCAUCGCUGGGCGACUGGGGGCCACCGCCUGCCCCCCCGCCGCUCGGUGACGCGAAGCACGAGCAGGUGCCGAGCCACAUGGUGCAUCCAGACAUGAGCAUGUUUGCGCCAUCCAUGUCCAUGAUGCCACAGCACACAGAUCUACAGCCUCCCAUGCCCGAGAUGAUACCCGCUUUUGGAUACGACGAGUUGAUCACGGACGAUGUCAUGGGCCACUUCUCCCUGCUCUGGGAUCACAACAGCCUCAGCCUGCCGUUUAUCAACUCUCAGGUGGGCGGCGAGCAGAUGCAAUGA